CUCUAAAUAAAAUACAAAAUAGGGCUGGGAAGUUGCUUAGCGGUUGAGUGCCCUUGAGUUCAAUCCCUGCUAUCCAAAAAAAAAAACCAUGGUGUAGGGGAUGAGAGCUGCCUGGGGACUAGGGCUGCAGGUCCUCAGCACUGCUUGCUUCAGACACUAGGGUGCAGCAGUGAACCUUGCUGUGAAACCACGCCUCUGGUGCCCAGGCAGAUGCCUCCUCCCUGGGGUGCACCUCCUGAGGAGUGGUGCUGAGACCCUUCUCCUGUCCCCUGAGGGCUGGGUUCCCUCUGUUCAUCAGAUGCUGGCCUUGCUCACUAAAUGACUGACGUUCUGCAGUGGGCAGCCCAGCUGUGGCACUGCUUGGCCAGGGUAGCAUGUUCUGGUCAUGCCCAGGUCAAGCUGCCCUUCUGCUGAAUUUCAUGUAUAUCAUUUUAAAAAUCCAGUUCUACACAUCUGUCUGGUGGGCAGUGAGGAAGGGCCCAGGAGGAGUGGUAACCAGAGGCCUGUUUUUGGAGGCUUGGAGCCUCACAGGAGGUUUCCUGAGACAGGUUCCAGGGUGGGCAGCUGUGGUGGCUGCCUUGCAGAGGGGCAUCUGCAGAGCCAGGGCUGCUUGGCUUCAGCCAUCAACUGCUGCUUCCCAUCUGCAGCAUAUGGAGGCACAACUAAGAACACAACGUCCACAUGCCGCCACCCCUUUGCCACAGAGAAGUGCCAGGCGAGUUGAAGUGGAAUUAGGUCUGUCCUGUGGGAUGAGGUUCUGAGGGUGGUGUUGGGCUGCCCUAGUUGGCCCUGAUUGUUGAGUGUUCAUUACUGGUGCCAUCUGCAGUGCUGCUUGGUUAGCUGAGGCUGCCCUGGCAGUGGUGUCUCUGCUCUAAUGUGACUGGAGAUGCGAUGCAACACCUUGAACUUUUGCUGUCACGUGACUUGCGAUCAAGGAACAUGGGGAAGAAGUGAAACUGGGUGUGGGUGGUUUAUUUUUUUAUUUUUUAAUGUGGAACACAGUACCUCAUGCCUGCUAGGCACGCAUUCUAGCAUUGAGCCCCAUUCCCUGCUUUGGGAUGGGUGUGCAUAAGUCAUUUGUGAGCUCAGGCGGAAGCCAGCCUUACCCAGCAGUCCCUCCCCUGCUCACAGUGGCCUGUGAACUCCUCUAGCAGUGGCACCUGGGACUGAUGCAGACAUCAGAUGGCUUCCAUCUGUGCUACCACUGCCUAGCUUCUGACUCUGCCAUCAUGCUGGGGCAAGGAGGUGACAGGUUCCCUCCUGCCCCAGCUCAGACCCUUCAGCUCUGUCCCCAGGAAAACAUCCAAGGCGCCAACUUCUUGCCACUGCCCCUUUAUACUGAGCCUGAAAUCUGUCACCUUUCCGUCUCCAGCCUACUGUAGCCAUCUCCAUGUCUCCCUGUCUGGCCCCUGAUCCUCCCCUGCAUCACAAGGGAGGCUGAGCUGCUGGGCUCUGUUGAGGACCCUUAGGUUGCCCCUGGCUGGAAUGAGUCUGGGAAGGCUGUGAGGUUGGCCUGCACCUGCACCCCAAAGCCUGGCCAAAAGUGGGGGAUGUUGCUGCAAAGGACAAAGGAGGACCCACAUGGAUUAGGCUCUGAUUCUGGGGCCACUCCAGGGCAGGAAGGGCAGAAACCAGGGCUGCAAGGGGAGCUUGGUCCAAAAGGACCCCAUAGCUGGGAAUGGACCCCAGCCUAGGCAGCCUCCACACCUACAUGAUUUGUGCUGGCACCCACAGCUGUCUGGCUCCUCCCCAGUGAGGUCUCAGGGGCCUGGAGCAGGGCCUAGGGCUGGUCCUGUUUACCCUGCAUGGGGUUGCUUUUCCCCUGGAAGUCAGAGGAUUCACACACACUGCUCCUUAGUUGUCUCGUAGCUGCACCCCACACAGCUCAGGCAGGCCCGGGAGAGGCGGGGCCUCGUUCUCCCUAGGUACAUGUGCGUUACUAGGAGUUGUAGGGAGUGGCAAGGUUCUAUUCACACCCAUGCCCUUGUUAAUUUAGUCGACAGUUAUGGGGGGACCAGCAAGAAAUGAAGGGGUACCAGGAAGCUACCGGGAAGUGGACUCAGUCUAGCCCGGCUGCCCUGGAGGCCCUCCCCAGGUGCAUGUGCCCCGCCCCUCUGCCAUGCGAUUGGCCAGGCUGGUCCCCAGGCGGGUGCAUAGGCUGGAGCCUGCAGAGCUCUCAGUUUAGUUCUUCAAAGACCCUCCAGACCACAAGGAGACCUGGGACAGCACCAUGGGCGGCCUCGGGCUCUGGCUGCUCUGUGCACUGUGGCUCCAGGCGAUUGCACUCAGCCCGUCCUUGCCCCCCGUGGAGCAGUAUGAGGUGGUGUGGCCCAAACGUCUGCCUGGACCCCGCACCCGCCGAGCUCUGCCCUCCCACAGGGGCCUGUACCCUGAGAGUGUGAGCUAUGUCCUUGGGGCCGGAGGACAGACCUUCACCCUGCACCUGCGGAUAAACAGGGACCUGCUGGGCGUGGGCUAUACAGAGACUUAUUCAGCUGCCAAUGGCUCUGAGGUGACAGAGCAGUGGCAUGGGCAGGACCACUGCCUCUACCAGGGUCACGUGGAGGGUCACCAGAGCUCUGCUGCUAGCCUCAGUACAUGUGAUGGUCUCAGGGGCUUCUUCCGGGUGGGUUCUGCCAUCCAUGUGAUCGAGCCUCUAGAUGGAGGUGGUGAGGAGGGGCAGCAUGCAGUGUACCAGGCCAGGCACCUGCAGCAGAAGGCUGGGACUUGUGGGGUCAGCGAUGCCAGCCUGGACAACCUUCUGGGGCCUCGGGUCUCAGCAGCCUUCAGGCCUCAGCCCCGGAACUGGCCCCUGUCCCGAGAUACCCGCUAUGUGGAGCUGUAUGUGGUCACAGACAGCAAGGAGUUCCAGCAGCUGGGGAGCAGAGAGGCCGUGCGCAGGCGUGUGCUGGAGGUGGUGAACCAUGUGGACAAGUUUUAUCAGGAGCUCAAUUUCCGUGUGGUAUUGGUGGGCCUGGAGAUCUGGAGCAGGGACAAGGUCCCCAUCAGCCCCCAUGCCAACAUCACCCUGGAGAACUUCCUUUCCUGGCGGGCACAGGACCUGAUGGGGAGACACCCCCAUGACAAUGUGCAGCUCAUCACGGGGGUCGACUUUACCGGGACCACUGUGGGACUGGCUCAGGUGUCUGCCCUGUGCUCUCGGGCCUCGGGGGCUGUGAAUCAGGACCACAGCCAGAACCCUAUUGGCGUGGCGUCUACCAUGGCCCACGAACUGGGCCACAACCUGGGCAUGAACCAUGACGAGAAUGUCCAAGGAUGCUACUGCCCCGUGCCGCGGGAGGGUGGUGGCUGCAUCAUGGCGGCCAGCAUUAGCUCCAAGUUCCCCAGGACGUUCAGCAGGUGCAGCAGGACUGACCUAGAGAUGUUCCUGGAGAAACCCCAGACGGGCUGCCUGGCCAAUGCCCCUGACCCUGACCGGCUGGUGGGAGGCCCUGUGUGUGGGAACAUGUUUGUGGAGCGUGGGGAGCAGUGUGACUGUGGCACUCCCCAGGACUGUCAGAACCGCUGCUGCAAUGCCACAACAUGCCAGCUGGCUGAGGGGGCCAAGUGUGCCCAUGGCACCUGCUGCCACGAGUGCAGGGUGAAGCCAGCUGGUGAGCCAUGCCGCCCCCAGAGGGACCAGUGUGACCUGGAGGAGUUCUGCGAUGGCCGGAGUCCAGCGUGCCCAGAGGAUGUCUUCCAGGAGAAUGGCACACCCUGUCCUGGGGGCUACUGCUUUAAUGGGCAGUGCCCCACACUGGCCCAGCGGUGCCAGGAACUGUGGGGUCCAGGUGCACAGGUUGCUGCAGACACCUGCUUCUCCUUCAGCAUCUCUCCAGGCUGCAGAGAUAGGAUCACCCCCAGCAUGGGCAGGGCCGACAGAUGUGGGAUCCUGUACUGUGCAGGGGGCCGGCAGCCCCCAGAGCGCAGCUCCUGUACAGUCAGUUCCUACUCGGGCAAUUGCCAAGCUCUGCGCAUGGACAGCGAGGCCUCUGCCUAUGAGCCUGUGCCCCAGGGCACCAGGUGUGAUAAGGGGAAGAUUUGCUGGGAAGGGCGCUGCCAAGACCUCCAGGUCUACAGAUCCAAGAACUGCUCCGCCCAGUGCCACAACCAUGGGGUGUGCAACCACAAGAGGGAAUGUCACUGCCACGUGGGCUGGGCACCGCCCCACUGUGCGGAGCUACUGACAGACAUGCAGGCAGCACCUGGGAGUCUCCUGGUCAGCGUGCUGGUGCCCCUAGUGCUCCUGAUGGCCAUGCUGGCCACCCUGGCAGGCGUCAUCGUACACCGCAAGGUCUGGAGCCGUGUCCCCAGGAGGAGUGUAGCACCCAAGACCACCAUGGGGCUCUCCAACCCCCUGUUCCAGGAGGCAGGCAGCAGUGGGCCAACCAAGGGCAGGGCUCCAGGGCCCCCAAAGCUGGUGUCUACCACGCACCCCAGCCAGCCCGUCAGAGCCACCGUGGCCCCAAAGAGGCUGCCCCCUGCACCGCCAGUCAUGUCCAGUCCACCCUUCCCAGUCCCUAUCUACCCACAGAAGGCACCAGACCAGCUCAGACCUGCUCCACCCACCAAGCCCCUCCCAAAGCUGAAGCCCAAGCAGCCUGUCAAGCCAACCUCUGCACCCCCCUUGCCACCUGUCAAGCCCAGUGCUGGAGAGACCACACCUGGAAUGACUCAGGGGGUCAAAGGCCCCAAAGUCGCACUGAAGCCCGCCGUCCGAAGGUGACAAGGGCGCCGGCCCAGUGUCCAGCCACUGCACAAGUCUGGAGAGGCACUUCGGAACCAAGCGCUGGCAUCCCGGGCUCACUACCUGGGCCUCCACGGACCUGGCUGGACGCUCGGCUCCACUCAGGACUCUGGCCUGCUCGG